CGAGACUAGACCUACAAAUGUUUAUUUCCUGUUGUGUUUUGUUGGGAAUGUUUAUGGUUUUACUUUCAAAAGUAAUAAUUUGUCAAGUCUAGAGUUACAAUAAUCAAUCAAUGUAACAACCAUGUUGACAAGAAAUGCUAAGCGUCUGUGGUCCUUGUCAGCUGUCAAAAUUAUCAAGACCUAUGAGUGUGAUGUGUGCCAAAAGCACACACAGAGAAUCACAACUCUGAGCUUAGCGAGUGCUGCCAUGCGGGAUCUGGCUGGUUGUAAGGAAUGGGAACAUUUUCAAUGUAAGAGAUGCCAAAGAUCCUUUAGUCAAAAACCCAGUCUUCAUGUUCAUAGGAGAAAACAUUCAAAAUCGAAACCCUACAUAUGCACCCAGUGUAAUAAAAGAUUUAUCACACGGUCCGGCUUAGAAUUGCAUAGAAAUGCAUCUCACCAAGUGUGCGCUAGUAAAAAGAAAAUUGAAAAACAAAAUAUGGAUGACAGUGGACUAAAUGAUGUUAAGGCCUUUCCAGCUUCUACAUGUUUGAAACAGUUGAUAAAAAUGGCAAUAUCUCAACAAGAGACUGGUAGCAUCAAACAGGAAUUGUCCGUACCAAAGAUUCCAAGUAGACAUUCAAAAAUAAAAGACUCUAAUUCACCUAAAUCCAAAGGAACAUAUAGUCUUCUGAACGCUACCAGUCUCCUACCAAUUAAAGGCAGUCUUGUUCUGGCUAGUGCACCCGGAAAUCCAGGUGUACAGGAUGAAGAUGUAAAGGGUACUAUGGUUGAUAAUUGUACAUCUCCGAAGAAAGUUAUUAAUUAUUUAGUCAACGUAGACAUGGAUGGCAAGUCAAGACCUAUUCUGGUCACAUCAGGAAGCAGUGGUAAAGAAAGCAUUACAGGAUCAUCCGGUUUACCUUGUGAUGUGAAGUCUGACAUCACAUCCCUUACCUUCGACUGUGUAGACUGUUCAGAAUCAUUUGACAGCUUCAAACUGUUAUGCAAUCAUAGGAAGAUGCAUACAAAGAAGCGCCCAAUCAGGGCUGUUUGUCCAUGGGCUCACUGUGGCAAGAAACUGACGAGUCAGACCAGACUUAACUCGCAUCUGAAAAGGCACAAUGGAGAAACAUUUUACCUCUGUGACAGGUGUGGCAAGAACUUCACCGACUGUGUCUUUUAUCAUAAACACAAGGGUGUGUGUCUGCAGCGAUUUAAAACUUACGAUUGCACUCGGUGUGGAAAGGCGUUGAGUGGAUAUUCUGCAUUACAGAAGCACACGCUGAUGCACAAGGGAGAAAAACCAUCCCAGUGUGAGAUCUGUGGUGCGCGAUUUAACAAUAAUUCACAUCUGACGCGCCAUAAGCGUAUUCACAUCAGAAAAGGAGAAAUGUCAGCCCCUGAAGCUGAUUCUAAGACAUCAACCAUGACAAUGCAGUCCGUAUCAGACAUGCAGAAUGACGUGCUACUCGAAGAUUACACCGAUUAUACAACACCUGUUCAAAUUGGGAAUGAAGAGGUGGUGGCAUACUGUAUAGAGGAGCAAAAGAAACGCGUGGCAUUUGAACAGCAGGCUGAAGUGUUGCGUGCAACAGCAAAUGUGUCUAAGGAAAUGCAGUAGGCAUGUUCAGUAAUUAGAAAUCUGGUGUAACAGUAGUUCUUACUUGUCAUAUUAAACAGUUUGCAUGGUGACUAAUAGGUUGAAUUCAAGGCAGAAAUUGAAAAUUGUCCCUUUUGGUUUUUUCAGAUUUGUGUAUUUAGAAAUUGGUGCAUUUUUAUAUCAUGCAAAUAAUUGAAGAGAGAAUACACAUGGGACCCACAGUUCAGAUAUUUUUACUGAACGCGGACGGAAUAAAACAACUUAUAAAAUGUAAUAUUGUCAGCUUGUAGAGGUUUUGCAGAUAAAUUGUUUCCACCGCUCUAACCCAGAUGAUAUCGUCCACCAGUUCCUUCGCCAGUGGUAUCAUCCCAGCUUCCAACUGAGGAAAUGUACUUCGUAUUUGUUCUCUUCUCUUGGCAGUGCUCAGUAUAGUGUAGUGUAGUAUACUAUAGUCUAUAUAUAGUGUAGUGUAGUGUAGUGUAGUGCUGUUUUGUAUUCUUUUGUUUGUUUUAUACAGCCCUCUGAAAAUUGCGAGAACGAUAAUUACCUUUCACUGAAGCAAAUUUAAUGUUGCGUAACCUAUUUUUAACAGGUUAAUUAUGAAAAAAUAAAAUAGUUCAUGGGCCUAAAGACAGUUUACUUACUAAAGAAUAUUUUGGGGAGGACAUUGUACAAAACACAUGUUGUCUAUUUGUAUAUCUAUAUAUUAACUGAAGUGGGUUUCCUAUCUUUGUUGACCAUGUUGCAAGGAAUCCUAUGUUGGAUAACAAGUAGAUGUGGUUUAAGAUACAGUCAGUUGACAUUAACACGCCCAUAGACUGGGGAGUCCAGGAUAUAUCCCCCUUCCCACUUUAUGACUACAGAAUUUACUCACAUGUAUAUCAUCUUACUGUUAUUAACCGAAAUAAUAUUUAAACCGGCUACACUUGUCCAAUAGGGGCAAGGGAUCUUGUAUAUGCAUUUUCCCACGGAUAGUACAGUACACACCACGACCUUUGAUACACGUCUCGUUAUGGGGAAACUGCAUAUAAAAGAUUCCUUGCUACUAAUAGAAGAAUGUAGCUGGUUCUGAAGACUGCGUGUCACAAUGACCAAAUGUUUCACACAUUAGUCAAUUAAUCUGUAUGAUCUAUAGUAUUGGUGUCGUUAAGCAAAACAAACCAUAUAGUGACAAAUUGUGAUCCAUUGUUUCCCCUACCAUAUCAGGCACGUGAAUUUUAGCGUGGACUCUUUUUAGACUAUGGCGAGCGAAGUUUAUGAGUGGGGUGGGGGUGGUCGUGUUAUUUUUUCCUUAAAAAAAAAAUAUAUAUAUAUAUUGAAAAGAAGAAAAAAAAUUCGACUCCCAAAACCAUCUCCCUGCAUAUUUUAAGAAAUCACAUUUGAGGUCAUAAAUUUCGUAGUUAUAAUGCCCCUGAACUCACUUGAUGGGUUAUCCGCGCGCGCAGUGCAAAGUACGCUUCGUUAUUGUUCCUAAGGAUUGGAAAUUUGGUUAAGCAGUUGUUCCAUUGUUCUUUAACUUUUCAUUUACAAACUACAUCAUAGUUCCAUGAAAUAGUUGUUUCGAAUGUUGGUCUAGAAUAAACUUAAACUGACAGGUACAUGUACGUUUCCAAUUAUAUUUGUAGUGUUUCAAAGAUCCAGGAACAAUACUGUGCAAGAAACAAUAUACUCACCUUGCAUGUGGUUUGUUUUGUUUUGUUUUCUUUCUUGGAUUUAUUUUAAACCCUUUUCACAUUUACAAAUAAUAAACUUGCUAAUAACAUUCAUGAAAAA